GGGGAACCGAGUUCAGUUUGUGCGCUGACCGUCCGAGAAGUAGGACGUCGUCGGUCACCGUUUGUACAGUGUCAACACGCGACGUUUACAUUUAUAAAUACUAAGUCUUAUAAUAUAUAUUUUCUCUUAAUGUGUUCGUUCACUUUCUUUUGCCACUACGUGGUAAUGUGAUUUUCCUGUAGAUUGUUGUUAGUGCGACGUUAUGUUGAAAAUAUGUCUAUUCAGAUAAGUGGUGUAUACUUGCUUCCGACACAAAUGUUGCCGGAGAGGAGCUGUACGAACCACGGUGGUGGCGGCGGCGGAACCGCCACCGUCGUAACCGCCAAAACUAAAUCCGUAGCCAUCGUGGCUCCCCAGAGAAGCAACAGCCUGGAUUACCUUAACUUCGAGGAAAAGAGACAGCUCAUCGCAUCGUCGCUAUCUCUUUCGGAUUUCUUGGCCGUUGGCGGUAAUGGCAAGGAAAUUAAGGAAGGUGUAGCUACGGUAAUUGUGGCCAAAAAACAGAAUGGAGCCGCAUUCAGAACAAAUAGCUUGGGCAGCGGUACCAGGACGCCACCACUUGAACGCAAAAGUAAACUGGCAGCUUUCGGAAAAUUUUUUAAACCUUGGAAAUGGAAGAGGAAAAAGAAGUCUGAUAAACUCGAAGCUGUAUCCCGCACAUUAGAGCGAAAGAUAUCUGUGCGAGCAAACAGGGACGAACUGGUUCAAAAAGGUAUUCUUCUACCAGAAAGUCCCCUGACCCCGCCUAUUUCCGAGCCAGGUGAAACCGUUCCAAGUCAUUUCCCUCCAGAAAUCGUUCAGCAAACGCAAACAUCGCCUCAACCGUCGCCUCAGUGUCCUCCGCCCGUUUAUCAUCCCAACAUGUCGCCCUUCCCGGGUUUUCAACCCAACUUGCUCCAGCAACAGCUGCUGCAGAAUCCGCAAUUCGCUCAGGCGAAUGCAAACAAUAAUAUUGAGCCGAAAAAGGAUAAGACUGAUGGUACGUCACAAAAUGGUACUCUGUCGCCCAACGGGGACGCUCCAUCGCCGACGAUGCAAAGUGGUUGUGAAGGAAUUCCGAAACCGGAAAGACCCAACUCGUUGGGACCCGGAAAGCUCACCAGAAGGUUGUUAUGUUACCAUAGCGAGCAUUUUACAGACGGAUCUCAGGGGCCACCAGGCAGUACGCCACCCGCACAAGAAAGACAGCCACACCACUUGCCUCCGCCGCCUGUUUCCGGCCCGGGGGGCUUUAUGCUGUCCGAAUUGCCAGAGCCACCCAUUCCAGUAUCGGAAAUCGGUCCGAUUCCACCGCCGCCGAUGUUCAGUUCGCCGAGUCCAGUACCAAAUAGGCAAUCGCCACUGCCACAACAUGUAGAUUACGAUUAUGAUAAUCAGGAUGACGAUGAGGAAGACGCCGAAAUCAACGAGGAUGACCUGGAAAAUUCGGAUAUGUGCAUAUUUAGAAUGCCCAGACCGGAUCCGACGAUCGAUACCACGCGGAUAGACGAGAUUCCGGCCAAGGAGCCCAAGUUCAACGCGAUGCCGUUGAAAUCGGCCUUGAAGAAAAAGGGGGGAGCGGCGGCUGGCGGUCUAGGGACUCCUCACAAUACGCCUACGCAAGAAAACCGCCCAUUGACCGUGCGGCAAACCCAAACCGAACUGAACUCUAGUUUCAAAAAAGAAUUUUUUUUCUCUUGCAAACUAAUUAAAAGGAGGUCACAAUUGAGGCCUCGGAUUAGAAUAUGUGGAAAACCCGGAAAAUUUGCAAUUGGUCUUCCUUGUACUAUGGAGAACAAAGAAAAUGCACGUCCGUAUGUAAUCAGAGAGGACGACAACGAUUCAAAUGACGGUCCCGUUUUGUAUAGAGAUGAAGAGAUGUUGUCCGAGGAACACAGACAGGCAUUAAAAAUUGCGAGAAAAGAGAGUUUAUCCCUAAAAUUAUCAUUGAGACCGGAUCGUCAGGAACUAAUUAACAGAAACAUACUUCAGAUGCAAUCGGAAAAUGAACGACAAGAAUCGAAAGAAGCGAUUGGAGCAAGAUUAAUUAGAAGAUUAAGUAUGAGACCGACCCAAGAAGAAUUAGAAGAAAGAAAUAUCUUAAAAAAACAAAGUCCCGCGGAAGAAAAGAAGCAAAAAGAAGAAAAGAAACGUUUCUUAUUAAGAAAAUUAAGCUUCAGGCCAACCGUUGAGGAACUUAAAGAGAAAAAAAUCAUUCGGUUUAACGAUUAUAUAGAAGUAACGCAAGCUCAUGACUAUGAUAGAAGGGCGGAUAAACCAUGGACGAGGUUAACACCAAAAGACAAAGCUGCUAUCAGGAAAGAAUUAAAUGAAUUUAAAAGUUCGGAAAUGACGGUGCAUGAAGAAAGUAAACAUUUGACAAGAUUUCAUAGGCCUUGACAAUUCCAAGGUGCGUUAGAAGAUACGAAAAAGCUAAAUACUGUGAUGGGCAUAGCCGUAGAGAAAAUCAACUUUCCCAUAACCGCUUAUUAUUCAUGCCGGACUGCCAAGUCGGUCAGGUUUAUACAAACAUUGUAUAGACUCGUAAACGUGUAAUUGUUUUUUGUACAUACGUGAUUUUUUAUUACACAAAUUGAUUAAUUAAUUAAUUAUACAAUUAAAAGAAAUAGGUAGGUAUAAAUCUUGCGUUAAAGCACACGGAUCAAAUGAGAAUGAAGGAAAUAGAAAACAAAAAAAAUAAAUCCUGUAAAUAUUAUAGUAUAUUACGUAUUAUAGUAGUUAUUAGUUAGUGUAAUGAUUUUUAUUAUUUAAUAGUUCAUUAUUAUUAAUUACAAUUAUUAAUUAUUAAAAGAAGAAAACACUAUUAUUACCAAUUUACAUCACUGAUAAGUGCAUUUUACGCACUAACUGUGAAAGAAAAAAUAAUAAAAUAAUAAAAACUGUAGAGCGAGAA